UGUAACGUUACUUUCGAGGACACGGGAGUAUUCUGGCACGAUAAUUCGGAAGUAAUAAUAAUAUCCCGUUUGUUUUAGACAGAAUUGAAUGCUGUUUUCAUGUACAUGUAAACAUCAGCCGAUUUAUAGUUACUACGUCGUCAUUACGUCGUUAUUACGUCGCAUCUGCAGAAAGAAAGCUCCCACUGAAUCAGGGUAUUGUUAUGUUGCCUGUCGUGGUGGUCCAUGGGGGGGCUGGUCAUAUCCCCAAAGAGCGAUCAGAACGGUCCACCUCAGGAGUGUGCUCUGCAGCACGGUCAGCAUAUAAAGUCCUGAAAGGAGGCGGCAGUAGUAUGGAUGCUGUAGUGGAGGCUGUAAUGGUACUGGAGAAUAAUCCAUCAUUCAAUGCAGGAUGUGGCUCAGUGCUGAAUGUUAAAGGAGAGGUGGAGAUGGAUGCCCUUGUGAUGGAUGGGAGUACGCUGAGUAGCGGAGCGGUGUCUGCUGUCCGCAACAUAGCUAACCCGAUACAUCUGGCCAGGCUCGUCAUGGAGAAGACCAGUCAUGCAUGCCUGACAGCUGAAGGUGCCAGUCGGUUUGCUCGCUCCAUGGGUGUACCAGAGGUGCCUGAAGAGUCCCUGAUCACUGAGUAUUCCCGAAUGCGCUGGAAAAAGAACCUGGCCCCGGAUUCUAACCCUGUGGAGUGCCAAAUGGGCAAGAUGGGAACAGUUGGAGCAGUGGCGGUUGACAUUAACGGCACCGUAGCGUGUGCAACUUCCACUGGUGGAAUGUUGAACAAGAUGGAAGGCCGGGUUGGUGACACUCCAUGCAUUGGGAGUGGAGGCUAUGCCGACAAUAUGUCAGGAGCAGUGUCGACUACAGGCCACGGAGAAGCCAUCAUGAAGGUUACGCUGGCGAGACACAUCCUGUUCCAUAUGGAGCAAGGUCAGUCAGCUGAGGCUGCCAGUGAUUUGGGCCUGGCACACAUGAAGUCCAGAGUCGGGGGCCUGGGAGGCGUUGUGACUGUGGAUCCACAGGGAAACUGGGCCGCUCGCUUCUCCAGCCUGCAAAUGGCCUGGGCCGCUGCACAGAAAGAUAGCCUGCACUAUGGCCUCUACACAGGAGAACACUUUACUCAGAUCAUCGAGGACGCUCACUGACAUCAAUAACAGCUAUCAGUUUGCACCGUUGAAGCUGAAAAUCUGGCGAGAAACAAAUGAUUCAGAUGGAGAUGAUCAUCAGGUAAUGCAGCAGUGAUUAGCGAUGUUCAAGAUCAGCUAUAAGGCAAAAUGAACAAAUGAAUUAUUAAAAGUAUUCAUGUAAUCAUUAAAAAAAUCAAAUGCACUGGCCCGAAAACUGGUCAACUGUGCUCAAGUCUGAGAAGAUCCAAAUAAAACCCUUUAGGAGGUCUGUCCAGGAACAUCUCAGACACUCCAUGACUCAAUUUGUUUUCUUAAAACCUUUUUUUUUUUACUUCCUGAAUGCAAAGUGUUCAUUAUCAAAUUUUUUAUAGAAACUUGUCAGUGUUCUCUGAUCGUUAUAAGAUGUUCUGUGGAAAACCUUUAGCUUUUAAAACUAUUUGUCCUCUUUCAUUAGAAAAUGAAUGGAUUUUUAAUAUCAGGAAUGGAUUCCUGAUAUUAUCCUCUGUGUAAACAUACAAACUUUGUUUUUCUCUCCUCUCAGAACAAGUUUAAAUACAUACUGAUGCUGAAAAUCAUAGUGUUAAAAUCACUUAUAAAAAACAGGGCUAAUAAAGGUACAACUUAGUGCACUAGAACAUAAUAAAAAGCUAUGUUUCGGUGCUAAGAGAGUUCUAAAUAUUUCUGUUGGUUUGGAUGAUUACAGCUCCGUGCUACUGAAACCCAAACCCUGAUUCUGAUUCUCACAUUUAAGUAUUAAAAAUAGUAAUAAACCCUUUUGCCACCAGUAUUAUCAUCCCUCUGAAAGCUGCAGGUACAUUUAAAAUAAAGCUUUGCUGCAGAGGGAAAAACGAAGUGCUGUAAAGUUUCCCAGCAGACAGCUGCUACGACUGGACUUGAUAAAACCCAGUGGACUAACACCAGCAGAUGACACGGCUCCACAAAUCAUUACUGACAGUGGAAAAGUAACUUCCUCUCUUCCUUCCUGGAAGCUUGAUUUC